AUGGGGCCAGGAGUUCAGGGCUCUGUCAGGCUCAAGCCUGGGGUGCUGGGGCUGCUGGUGGUGGUGUCCAGCAGCUGUGGCAAGCGGUACACACUCCAUGUGGUGUGAGCCCUGGUGCUGGCUGUGCUCAUGGCUCUGGUCCUGGCUUUGGCUGUGGCUGUUGCUGUAGGGGAGGAGCAGCUGCCUCCAUGUGGCCCCUCGGCGCAGGGCUCAGGAAGGCAUGAAGGGAGUCCGGAUCUGCCUGCGGCUCUGGUGCUGGCCUGUCCUGACGGCUGGGUUGGGUACUGCAAGGUCUGCUACUACCUCUCAAAGGAGGAGGGGAGCUGGGAGUGGAGCCAGGAGCAGUGCUCCUCGCUCGGGGCCUCGCUGGCUGUGCUCAAGAUGAGGUGGGAAAUGGAGCUUCUCUUGCGCCUCAAGGGCAACGUUGAUUACUGGCUUGGGCUGCGGAGGCAGGGCGAGCGCCUGGAGUGGGUGGAUGGCAGCAGCUUCAACCACAUGUUCCUGGUGCACGGCCAAGGAGUGUGUGCGUAUUUGAAGGACCAUGCUGUCACAAGUUGA